AUGGAAGUCCUGACUACCGGAAAUUUCUAGUACCUAAGAAAUCCACUAUGAGAAACCAUACAACAGUAGCAAACUUUAUUCUUCUUGGACUGACAGAUGAUCCACAAUUACAGGUGAUUAUUUUUCUUCUCCUUUUUUUCACCUACAUGUUGAGCGUCACUGGGAAUCUAACCAUCAUCACCCUCACUCUACUGGAUUUGCAUCUCAAGACACCCAUGUAUUUCUUCCUCCGAAAUUUCUCAUUUUUAGAAGUCUCGUUCACAACUGUCUGUAUUCCCAAAUUUCUUGUUAGUAUGGCAACAGGUGAUAAGACCAUUUCUUACAACGAUUGUGCAGCACAACUGUUUUUCACUAUUCUCUUUGGGGCAACUGAAUUUUUUCUUCUGGCUGCCAUGUCCUUUGACCGCUAUGUGGCCAUCUGCAAACCCCUGCAUUACACCACCAUCAUGAGCAGCAGAGUUUGCAACUUGCUAGUCUUUGCUUCAUGGAUGGCUGGCUUCCUAAUAAUUUUUCCACCACUCCUGAUGGGUCUCCAGCUUGAUUUCUGCGCAGCCAACACUGUAGAUCAUUUCUUCUGUGAUGUUUCUCCUGUACUGCAGCUCUCUUGCACAGACACCAACGUAAUAGAAUUAAUGAUGCUUCUCUCAGCCAUUUUGACGCUCCUGGUUACACUGGUAUUAGUGAUUCUCUCCUACACAAAUAUUUUCAGGACUGUUCUGAAAAUACCUUCUUCUCAACAGAGAAAAAAAGCAUUUUCUACAUGUUCUUCUCACAUGGUGGUCGUGUCCAUUUCUUAUGGCAGCUGUAUCUUCAUGUAUGUGAAACCCUCAGCAAAAGAAAGAGUGUCAUUAAAUAAAGGGAUAGCUCUGCUCAGCACUUCUGUUGCCCCCAUGUUGAAUCCCUUUAUUUAUACACUGAGAAACAAACAAGUAAAAUAUGUUUUUAAGCACAUAGUCAAAAAGAUUGAACUUUUCUCAAUGAAAUGA